AUCAUUAAUCAAUAAAUAAAUCAAGUCGGACUUUUUACUUCUCAAAUUACCUUUCAUUAUUGCGGUAACUGACUUAAUUAACUUCAAAGUGUGCAAUUAAACGUCGAAUAUGUCUUGUAUAAAUUACUCGUCACGCACAGAAGGCCAGAGGAAAAUAAAUACUAUAAUAUGGUCAAUACCUCAUUUCAUAAAUCUCUUAGAUAAGACAACUAGAGAAUUCAGGACUGAGAGUUCAGAUCCUAACGUUGAGUUGAAGGAGCCUAAAUUUCAAUUGAAGAUGCAAUUUUUAGGAAGAGACAAUAAUUUAAUCGAGAUUUACUACUUGUCCCCUAAUCCUGUUUUUCUGAAAUGUAUCUUAACCAUUUGCUUGAAACGAUACGAGGAGCGCUCCGUGAUUGAGAAAGACUACAACACGGUCCAGGCAAAUAAAUGGCAGUACUUGACAACUUUAUACAAAAGAGAUAUUAUCAAUGAACGGGAUAUUAUAUUACUUAGUGAUGGAACAUUAAGGCUCAAAUUUCAGUUCAUGAUUACAAAUGAUAUAAAAGUUGACCGAACACAUAUUCCUGCAGCCCAGCUAAGCAAUGACUUUGAAAAUUUGCUUGAGAAUGGGCUCUUUUCUGACGUUAUCAUGAAAUCGGUUGAAGGAGUUGAAUUUAAAGUGCAUAAGGCUGUUUUGGCAAGUCGGAGCGCUGUUUUGAAAGCGCAUUUUGAGCAUAACACUAUAGAAUGUCAUACCAAUGUUUUGGAAUCGCCUCUGGAUGCUGAUAUUUUACGAGAAGUAUUGACUUUCAUUUAUACAGAUAAAGGUCCAAGCGUAGAUGAGAAUCCUGAAAAGUUAUUGGCUGCUGCGGAUUACUACCAACUUAGCAGGCUGAAGAGCCUGUGUGAGGAAGCUUUACACAAGAAAUUAACUGUUGAAAAUGCUAUAGAAACCUUGCAGUUGGCUGGACUCCAUUCGGCAACCACAUUGGAGCAACUGACGCUUGAAUUCGUAAAGGACGGUCAAGCAAAGCUGAUCACUAAGACUGAAGGCUGGGCAAAAGUGAAAUCUGUUGAUCUGAUUAAGAGAAUCUAUGAAUAUAUUGUGAAUGAUGAUGUUGAUACUGAUAUCAAAUAAAAUAAUCAUUAUUGAAUAUCAAACUAGAAAGAAAUACAUAUGCAAUACCAUGCGACAUUCUCACAGUGGCGUAGCUAGGGGGUUGGGGGGGGCAAGUGCCCCGGGCGCCAUCCAAGAGGGGGCACCAAAAUGGGCAAAAGGCAGCAGCAGGGAAACUUUUGUCAGUCGUCAGGGGGCGCAAAUUCGGUGACUGCCCCGGGCGCCAUAUCCUCUAGCUACGCCCCUGCAUUCUCAAUCAAAAGGUACCUCCUUGUCGCUUGUCAUAAGGGCGCUCUGACAGGUUUAUUCGUAUAAAGAUACAGGCCAAUUUCGUCUUUAUGGAAAGCGACAAAGUGGUACCUUUUAAUUGGGAACGUCACCCAUUAUUAGAUUAUUACAAAACUAAUAUAUGUAUUAUUAAACUAAAAAUGCAAGGAAUGCAGAAGAAAA